AUGGGCAACGCGGGGAGCAUGGACUCGCAGCAGACCGAUUUCAAGGCGCACAACGUGCCAUUGAAGCUGCCGAUGCCCGAGCCAGGUGAACUGGAGGAGCGCUUUGCCAUCGUGCUGAAUGCUAUGAACCUACCUCCUGACAAAGCCAGGCUAUUGCGGCAGUACGACAAUGAGAAAAAAUGGGAGCUGAUCUGUGAUCAGGAACGAUUCCAGGUGAAGAACCCUCCCCAUACAUACAUACAGAAGCUCAAAGGCUACCUGGAUCCAGCUGUAACCAGGAAGAAAUUCAGAAGGCGUGUUCAAGAAUCUACACAAGUGCUAAGAGAACUGGAAAUUUCAUUAAGAACCAACCACAUUGGAUGGGUCAGAGAGUUUUUGAAUGAAGAAAACAAAGGACUGGAUGUUCUUGUGGAGUAUUUGUCCUUUGCACAAUAUGCAGUCACUUUUGACUUUGAAAGUGUGGAAAGUACCGUGGAAAGUACGGUGGACAAAUCAAAGCCCUGGAGCAGGUCCAUCGAGGACCUGCACAGAGGGAGCAACCUGCCCUCCCCUGUGGGCAACAGUGUGUCCCGCUCUGGAAGACAUUCUGCACUUCGAUAUAAUACUUUGCCAAGCAGAAGAACCUUGAAAAAUUCAAGAUUAGUGAGUAAGAAAGAUGAUGUUCAUGUUUGUAUCAUGUGUUUACGAGCCAUCAUGAAUUACCAGUAUGGUUUCAACAUGGUCAUGUCUCAUCCACAUGCUGUCAAUGAGAUUGCACUAAGUUUGAACAACAAGAAUCCCAGAACAAAAGCUCUUGUCUUAGAGCUGUUGGCAGCCGUUUGUCUUGUCAGAGGCGGGCAUGAAAUAAUUUUAUCAGCUUUUGAUAACUUCAAGGAGGUCUGCGGAGAAAAGCAACGUUUUGAGAAGCUGAUGGAACAUUUCAGGAAUGAAGAUAAUAACAUAGAUUUUAUGGUGGCCUCUAUGCAGUUUAUUAAUAUUGUAGUCCAUUCGGUAGAAGACAUGAACUUCAGAGUUCAUCUCCAGUAUGAAUUUACCAAAUUAGGCCUGGAUGAAUACUUGGAUAAGCUGAAACACACAGAGAGUGACAAACUGCAAGUGCAGAUUCAGGCUUACCUGGACAAUGUGUUUGACGUGGGAGCUCUGUUGGAAGAUGCAGAAACCAAGAAUGCUGCCUUGGAGCGGGUGGAGGAACUGGAAGAAAACAUCUCUCAUUUGUCUGAAAAGCUGCAGGACACGGAGAAUGAAGCCAUGUCCAAGAUAGUGGAACUGGAAAAGCAACUCAUGCAGAGGAAUAAGGAACUGGAUGUUGUCCGGGAAAUCUACAAAGAUGCAAAUACCCAAGUUCACACGUUAAGAAAAAUGGUCAAAGAAAAGGAAGAAGCCAUUCAAAGACAGUCUACCCUGGAAAAAAAGAUUCACGAACUGGAGAAACAAGGGACUAUUAAAAUUCAGAAGAAGGGGGAUGGGGACAUUGCCAUACUGCCAGUCAUGGCCUCUGGCACGUUGUCCACGGGAUCAGAACUAGCAGUAGGAAACUAUGUGGGACCAGUUCCAGGGGCCACCACCUCAGGACCCUCAGUCCCUCCUCCCCCACCACUACCUCCGUCAUCAGACACACCUGAAGCAGCACAAAAUGGACCGGCAUCACCACCUAUGUCCCCACCCCCUCCCCCACCCCCUCCCCCCCCUCCCCCACCCCCUCCACCCCCUCCACUCCCAGGUCCUGCAGCAGAGACUGUGCCAGCUCCUCCUCUGCCACCGCCCCCACCUCCCUCUGCACCCCCGCUGCCUGGGACUUCUUCACCUACAGUAGUUUUCAACUCAGGAUUAGCAGCUGUGAAAAUUAAGAAGCCAAUCAAGACGAAGUUCCGAAUGCCAGUGUUUAACUGGGUUGCCCUGAAGCCCAAUCAAAUCAACGGCACAGUCUUCAAUGAAAUCGAUGAUGAGCGGAUCCUAGAGGAUUUAAAUGUGGAUGAAUUUGAAGAAAUAUUCAAAACAAAAGCCCAAGGUCCUGCCAUUGAUCUUUCUUCAAGCAAGCAGAAAAUAACACAGAAGGGAUCAAGUAAAGUGACAUUACUAGAAGCAAAUCGAGCCAAAAACCUUGCCAUAACUUUAAGGAAAGCCGGAAAGUCUGCCGAUGAGAUAUGUAAAGCUAUCCAUGUGUUUGACUUGAAGACGCUACCAGUUGACUUCGUUGAAUGUUUGAUGAGGUUCUUGCCAACUGAGAAUGAGGUCAAAGUGCUUCGGCUCUAUGAGCGAGAGAGGAAGCCCUUGGAGAACUUGUCAGAUGAGGACCGCUUCAUGAUGCAGUUCAGUAAGAUAGAGCGGCUCAUGCAGAAGAUGACCAUCAUGGCCUUCAUUGGGAACUUCACAGAGAGCAUUCAGAUGCUGACUCCUCAACUUCAUGCAAUUAUAGCAGCAUCUGUCUCUAUCAAGUCAUCUCAAAAGCUCAAGAAAAUUCUGGAGAUCAUUUUGGCCCUUGGAAACUAUAUGAAUAGCAGCAAACGAGGAGCAGUCUAUGGAUUUAAACUUCAGAGCUUAGAUCUGCUCUUAGAUACGAAGUCAACAGACCGAAAGCAAACACUGUUGCACUAUAUAUCAAAUGUGGUAAAAGAAAAAUAUCAACAAGUUACUCUGUUUUAUAAUGAGCUUCAUUAUGUGGAAAAAGCUGCAGCAGUCUCCCUUGAAAAUGUUCUGCUGGAUGUCAAGGAGCUGCAGAGGGGAAUGGAUUUAACCAAGAGAGAGUAUACCAUGCAUGAUCACAACAUGCUGCUCAAAGAGUUCAUCCUUCACAACGAGGGCAAGCUGAAGAAACUGCAGGAUGAUGCUAAGAUUGCUCAGGAUGCCUUUGAUGAUGUGGUGAAGUAUUUUGGCGAAAAUCCCAAGACAACUCCACCCUCGGUGUUCUUCCCUGUCUUUGUUCGAUUUGUGAAAGCCUACAAGCAAGCAGAAGAGGAAAAUGAGCUGAGGAAAAAGCAGGAACAAGCUCUUAUGGAAAAACUAUUAGAACAAGAAGCCUUGAUGGAGCAGCAGGAUCCCAAGUCUCCUUCCCAUAAAUCAAAGAGGCAGCAGCAAGAGUUAAUUGCGGAAUUAAGAAGGCGACAAGUUAAAGAUAACAGACAUGUGUACGAGGGAAAAGAUGGUGCCAUUGAAGACAUUAUCACAGCCUUAAAGAAGAAUAAUAUCACUAAAUUUCCAAAUGUUCACUCGAGGGUAAGGAUUUCUUCUAGCACACCGGUGGUGGAGGAUACACAGAGCUGAUCUUAGAAACCAACCCUACAGACGAGCCGAUGCGGUGAGACGAAGUGUGAGGCGGCGCUUCGAUGAUCAGAACUUGCGUUCUGUUAAUGGUGCCGAAAUAACAAUGUGACCCAAGACCGCCUUCAUGAGAGGGUAUCCAUGAAACUGCCAUUCCAGCCUUCGCUACAGAUGAAAUAUUCUCAAGGGCUCAGAUUUUGCAAACACAUAGGAAUUUAAAAAUGAUGGGUUCUCCUUUUAACCCCUGUUAACAAGUGCCUAAAAUUGGAAGUAACCUGCUCAGAUUAAUCAAAGCAAUAGGAUUUGACUUAAAUCUUUUUACAUCAGUAUGUUACUCAGUUUUUUAACCAAAAUGUAAGUUUCAUAUUAAAUUAAUUAUUUGCCAUUGUGAUUGUCCCUCAUGGCCCGCCCUGAUUUCCUGGUAAUCUGUAAAUAACAGGGAUGUGUAUGCUAUGGGUGGGUGUCCUUUGCUGAAAGGUCUUCUAAGAAAUUGUGUUCGAGCCAUAUUCACCAACUCCUAACAAGGGACUGGAAACAGGGGAGACACACAAUUACAUCCUUCUGUCAUUAAGUCCCAGCAAAGUACAAACAGGAUGCAACUGCAGUGCCACUCAGUCAUUUGAUUGUAUCCUAUUUCAUGUUGUUUCUGUGCAAGGGUGCCACGCCCAAUUCACUUGUAUGACUGGCAUAAAACAUUGAAGAAUUAUUUGCAGAACUGUAUUCUUAAGCUAGAGGCAGCUUUUAAUAAUGCAAAUGUUUAUUAAUUAGCACUAAAAUUAAUCUCUCAGUAUUCUGAUUUUUGAGGACCAUUAUGGGUGAAUCCUUAAAAUAGAAAUUGGUGCCUUGUUAGUCAGGGAGAUUUUACCACAAGAUCUAUCAGUAAGCAUUCAAAAUUACAUGUGUUAGUGUAAUGUUGGGAACCUGGCCUUAUUCUCUUCUGACAAUCGAAGGGUCCUUUUUUUUUUCCUUUGUAAAUUAUAUUGAUACAGUUGACAUUAAGUUAUCGGGGCUGAAUUGCUUUGUGCAUUUCUUACUUAUGGGAAAUUCCCAUUAAAUUAACAUUGAGAUUAAGUUUAAAUUAUAUGUGAUAGGGUUAAAUGGUUAACUAAGUCACUUACCUUUACUUCCUCACUGGCAAGGCAUUUCGAUCUUUCCCAAAGUCAAAGACUGGACUGAAGCUAAAUUUGUACUUUUCAUAAUACAUAUUCUGCUUCUGGCUUACCUUGUUGGUAUAUCAGUAUAUUAAUUGUAAAAAUGAUUGUAUAGUAUUUAACCACCAAAUUUGUGUUCAUGUGAACCCCUUGGUGAAGGUCCCCUUUUUCAUGGAUGUGUAGUUAUAUGAUCUUUAAAAUGUACAGAUAUUUUGCUAUAAGAUUGGUGCAGUUUUUUAUGGUUUUUACACUUCUCUUUAAUUCCUACCUAAGCCGCUAGGUAAUACUGUAAAUAUUGUUUUAAAAUGCAUCAGCCUAUGCUACACAAUUUGAAUGUUACUUUAACUUAUAGUUUGUUUUUUAAAUAUAUAUAUACAUAUAUACAUAUGUGUAUAUAUAUAUAAAUAAAACAAGGUCAGUUUAAAAGUCAGUUACCACAUUUCACAGUAGUAUGCUAAAAGAUCCCUUUUAAACUGCCACUUGCUGUCACAUUCAUAAAUUUGUAGUUUAAAAAGAACAUGCCAAGAUUGUUGUCUUGUUGAGUCAAUAUUCAUCUUGGUGAGUAUAUUAAUUUGAUCAUAUCAGACAAGUAUGUGGACCUUUUUCACACAAAUCAGCUGUUUUCCAAAGGUGUACAAAUGGGACAAUAAUGUUGGCAUAUUCUUCUGUCUGUCUAUUAAUGGCCCUGCUUCUUAGCAAUAUUAGAAAUGUUUUAUAAAAGCAAUUCAUGUUCCUUUUCUGGUCUUUCCAUGCCAUUUGAGCAAAUAAACUAUUUACACUACUA